UCUGAGGGGGAAAGAAGGGGGGGGGGGGGGGCACAAAACUUAAGUCUUACUAGAAUCACAUACUCAGGCGACGCCAAUCAUGAAAUAUUUAGGAGAUAAUUUACGCGGUACAGCUCAACGAGGAUGCGGAGUGUUUGAGUCGGUAACACGAAUGUAACACUUCUCGAGUUGCAGGCAUCCAUAGGCUACGGAGACGGUUGCCGUUGGCUUGUUGUAGUAUAAAAAAAUCUCACCACAGUCACCACUAUGGUCCACAGUUUCAAAACAUAAUUCGAUAACAAAUGAAUAAAUCUUUUACAUUAUACAGGAUGAUUUCUGGGUCGUGAUCUAGAACCACUUUUUCUGAAUCUAUAAAUGAUUUACAUUAUCAUACGGUAGUAUUUGAUUGAAAGAUAAUUAGUUUGAUAUUUAUUAUUGUUCAAGUAAAAUUAAUCUUAUACGAAGUAAUCAUGGUCACCCUAUGACUUUUGACAUACGCUGUAUGGAAAGCGACAAGACGUCACAUUGAGUACGGUGACCAAACUGUAUGCAAAGAUGUUUUUUUCUACUUGUCAUCUGAAAAAUAAUCAUAAUUAUUGGUGAUAAUAAAUAAUGAGCAACAUCAUUAGACUCAUCUUUGAAUUCUGUGUGAUGUCUUGUUCUCUUGCUCCACGACCCCGAAAUCACCCUGUAUAUGGCGCUGCUUUACCGCACUGUGUUGAAAAUUUAAGGAACCAUAAUUAUGUACUGUAAAACGUACGAUACAUGUGUGAAUAGGUCAUUCCCAACUCGUGUAGAGUUUAAAUCAUGACCGAAGGGAUUUGUCGCCACUCGUUUGUGGUAUCAUGAGAACUGAUUUCAAAAAUUGUUCUUUUAUUUGAAAAGGGUUUCUUUAAUGUUAUCUCUUAGCAUUUUCCAGUGUAAUAAACACACUAAUAGUUGGUUAAAUUGCAAACUGAAUUCGGAUAUGUUUUUUGUUAAUAAAAAAAGAAGUUACCAAGAUAGACUUAUGAUUAUAUUUUUCCUGUAAAAUGUAUAGUAUUGUUAAUAAUUUUCCUUUGGUAAACUUCGGAGAUAAAGGAGGGGGGGGAUGGUUUUUGAUUCGAUUUUUUUCCACUACUAAAAAUAAUAAAAAAAUCUUUUGGAGAAUUUGAUCGCUUCAAUUUGAGAUCUUUCAAAUGAUCCCACCUGACCCAGUCACUAAACUUUGAAAUUUUGCCCCCUCUUCAUAUUGGGCAUUUUCCAUAGUUAUUAAAAAAAAAACACAAAAUAAUACUUUAAAUGUAUCUGGGUUAGCAUUGUUGUAUUACACCACCCAGACACAUUGAAAGUAUUAUUCAUAACUAUUCCAAAUUUCAAAUCGAUAGCGUAAGUGGUUCUCGAGAUAUUUAGCGUUGUGACAGACGGACGGACAGACAGAGUCGCACCAUAAGGGUACCAUUUGUACCUUUUUGGUACGGAACCCUAAAAACCAAACUCUCGCGGUUUUUGACAAUGUUGCGUUCGGCGCUCGAGGUUUCAAACUUGGAUUAUUCAUUACAUAAACAAGCCUGCAAAAAAUCAGAACUACUGGAUUUGACGCAAACGGUAAUGUUUAAAGCUACUAACUUAUGUCAAAAUAACAUUACCGCCUUACCGGCCCAAGAGCUAAACAGACAUUAUCAUUCGUAUAGUAGGGCAGGGAAGGCCAUAACUCCGGGCUAUCUAUUGAGGCGGGAAAAGGUGUUUUUCCCGUGUAAUUAAUGGCCACAUUAUUUCCUGUAUUUCCUGCGAACCUUUCGCGCAUUUUACUAAUCGUGUUUCUUCCGGGUGUAUAUUUGACGUGCGCCGCUUGGAUUGCAAUGAUUUAUAUACCUGAAAGAUAUGACCGUAUCGGCGAAUAAUACACUAUCUAGUACUUACCAAUAUUGGGACCGUGCGAUGUGCAUGGUGGGGGUAAGUAAAGCGAUCCCAGCGCAUAAGGUGGUAAAAAUUAGAACUAACUGCGGAUAGCGUCUUUAACAUUUCGUACAAGUUAUAUGGCUAGAAAUGAAACUUUAAUUUACGAUUUCUCCUGAAAUAUUCAUUUAAAUUGUAUGGUGUAAGAGACCAUUGUAAUCUGUAUGAAAUGCUUAAUAUAACUAAUGUUCAAGGGUCAAACAACUAACAUAUUUAAUUUGAUCAUUAUUAAUACUGUAUCCGUGUAAAUAGCUUUGCAAAUGCCACAUACUACGUGAUCUUUUUCUAGAAAUUAAGAAUGGGUAUAGUAAGUCAUCUUUAAAAGAUAGACAUUUAACAUCGCGGACUUUUUUGUAGACCUAUGAAUGAGAAACAACCCCACCAUACAUUGUGUUGUUAUAGCUCAAACGGAUUAGGCAGCGUUUUUGAUUAAAGCUCCUAGCCAGCGUGAUUUUUGCCGACAUCGUUAUAUAUCAACCAAUUUACGCAAAACCUUAACAAGUUAUAUACCUAAGCUUUCCUCAAGAAUCACUCUAUUGAUAGAUCAAAGUCGUAUGAAAAUCCGUUCAGUAGUUUUAAAUAUUGGAGUAGUACGUGUUAUAAGAUGUAGUGAAUUGACGUUUUCCCCUAGACUUGCGGACGCUAGGUUGCGUGACAGUCGUGCACGUAGCGAAUAUAACAUGUAUAAACCUACCUUAAAUUAUACGUGGUCCAACGACGAAUUGUGGGGUUAUUUUUAUUUUUACAAUGUAUUUAUAAUACGCGUAGACAGACGACAGACACGAGGUGAUAAAUUGAUAUUUAAUCUGUACUUAUCACUCUGCGCAACACAUGCUCAUUUGCAGUUAAAAGUGGGCGUUCCAACUGUCCGCAUUUCACCAACAACCAUGAAUCUAUACGCAUUCGUAACACUCUCAAUAUUAAAUCUAUGCUUUUGCGAAGAAUGUCGCUUAAAUACCCGAACACCAGAAAUGGAAACAGAAAUAAACUUAAGGGAAAAGCUUACUGGAUGCUACGCCGAAAUUUUGAAGCCUCCGGUAAAUAAGGGAUUAAAUACGGUGGUCGUGAAGAUGGACUAUUUACUUCAAUCCUUUAAUUUUGAUUCUAAUGAAGAGAUACUGACGUUAUACAGCUGGAACUAUUUCGACUGGCAAGAUGAUAGAUUGUCGUGGAAGCCUGAGGAUUACAAGGAUAUAAAGACGACGCAAGUUUCAAGUUUUGACAUUUGGAGUCCGGGGCUGAAGCUGAUCAAUACGGCAGAUGCGGAUGACUUUGACUUCUUCUACACGAAAUGCAGAUUGAACAGCACAGGGCACGUUAGGUGCGUUAUCAGGGCAGAACACAAAGUCUUCUGCACUUCUGAUUUAACCAAUUGGCCUUAUGACACAAAGAGUUGUACGCUCAAGUUUGACCAAUGGAGACCACAGGAAACCAAAGUGUUUUUUAGCUUGAGCCAUAUCAAAUUCGUAAUGCAGGCGUAUCAAAAUGCUGGAUGGAUGGUCGCUCGCGAAAAGGUCUUCAAGAAUUUGACCACUGGAAUACAAUCUGCCGUUAAGUUCGAGUUUGAAAGACUCUCAGAGGGCUUAGAAGCUAUUAUAGUGGUACCAGCUUUUGUGAUAAGUGUGUUGACUGUGACGGCUCUCCUGUUGGACUAUAGAAACAUCAACCGAUUAGGGAUACUAUUCAUGACUGUAAUUAGCCAUUUCCUUUUUUCUAACGUAGUAGCGGAUAACGUCCCUAAACAUAGUGCAAAUACUCCUGUCAUAUUGUCGUUCAUUAGCUGUUCUACUGUUGUGACUGUAAUUUGCUUUGUACUAUCGUUUUGCUUUAGAUAUUUGGGAAAAAAGAAAACUCAACCAUCUCCGUGGAUUAUAUCUUAUAAUGAUUUUGUAUUAGAUGGAUAUGGCAAAUAUGGAGUAUUUACGAAAUGGGAGGUGGUUGAGCAAGAUCUGAAAGUUAAACCGAAUGUAGAAUGGGUCAACUUUAUUAGUAUUGUUAAUAGCGUCUGUCUAUUUCUUGUGAUUAUUACUUAUAUAUAUUUGUUCUCAGCUUUUAUACCAAAGAAGCCAGUUUUCACAUUUGUUUUCGAUAUCGCUUAAGGAAGUUUAAGUAGCUUCCUUUUUUAUUAAAUAUGUUUUCAUAUAAGUACCUUUUUUAUAUAA